GAGAUUACUCUUAGUGUUUCUGUUUCUUCUCCAUUUUAGCUUUCUAUGAUUAUCCAAAGCUCUCUCCCAGUUCAAAACACAAUUUGCGUAGCUUGAAGGAACUGUUUUGGUACACUAUGUUGGUCCAGGAUCGGCAAAACCCAAAACCCCACCAAAUCCCACUCGCCAAUACCUUCCCUGAAUCCAAUCCUUUUGAUUUCUCCAACUGGGUCUCUCUCAAUCUCUUCAAAAUCGCUACCAUUUUCUUUCUAACCCUCACAAUCGCCUCCUUCUUCUUUCUCCAAGGAGCUCGUGAUUCUGCUGCAUUUCUUUGCUUCAACUCUCGCCCCAAACCCCCUGAACUCUUUCAUUUGCCCAAAAUCAACUUUGAUUCUGUUCACCCCAUUGUCGACAAGUCUUCGAGCUAUGCCUCGUUUAGCUCUGAUCGAUGGAUUGUUGUCUCUGUUUCGAGUUAUCCUUCGGAUUCACUUCGAAAGCUUGCUAAAACUAGAGGAUGGCAGGUACUAGCUGUUGGAAAUUCUAGAACUCCAUCGGAUUGGAGUCUCAAGGGAGUUAUAUUUCUGUCUCUAGAGCAGCAAUCUAGCUUAGGAUUUAGAGUUGUGGAUUUUCUUCCUUAUGAUUCUUAUGCUAGAAAGACUGUUGGGUACCUUUUCGCUAUCCAACAUGGAGCGAAAAUGAUAUUCGAUGCAGAUGAUCGGUGCGAAGUGAUUGAUGGGGAUCUCGGGAAGCAUUUUGAUUUGAAAUUGUCCAAUGUGGAUACAUUGCAGGAGAGAAUCUUGCAGUUUGAUUUUGAGAACCCGAAUAAAACCGUUGUGAAUCCGUAUAUUCAUUUUGGACAGCGGUCAGUUUGGCCUAGAGGGUUGCCAUUGGAGAAUGUAGGAGAUGUUGUGUAUGAAGAACACUACAGCCAAGUAUUUGGAGGAUUACAGUUCAUUCAACAGGGCAUAUCCAAUGGACUACCAGAUGUGGAUUCAGUGUUUUACUUCACUCGAAAGACACGUUCGGAGGCAUUGAACAUAAGAUUCGAUGAGCAUGCCCCGAAAGUCGCCCUGCCUCAUGGCGUGAUGGUACCAUUGAAUUCUUUCAAUACUUUGUUUCAUACCUCAGCAUUAUGGGCUCUAAUGCUUCCUGCUUCAGUUAGUACAAUGGCUUCUGAUAUCCUGAGGGGUUAUUGGGCACAGAGGCUUUUAUGGGAACUAGGAGGUUUUGUAGUGGUUUAUCCACCAACAAUGUUUAGACAUGAUGACAUUGAAGGAUACCCAUUUUCAGAAGAGAAAGAUCUCCAUGUGAAUGUGGGCAGAUUGAUAAAGUUCUUGACCUCAUGGAGAUCAAACAAGGCCACAUUCUUUGAGAAGGCUUUGGAAUUGAGCCAUUCAAUGGCAGAGGAAGGGUUUUGGAAGGAUAAUGAUGUGAAACUGAGUGUGGCUUGGCUUCAAGAUUUGGUUUCUGUUGGGUACAUCCAACCAAGACUGAAGGGAUUUGAAAUGAACAAACAGAGAAGAAGAAGAAGCAAUGGUGGUGGUGAUACUGGGAGGAGUUUUGUUCCUCAAAAACUGCCUGGUUUUCAUCUUGGGGUGGAGGAAUCUGAGACUGUGAACUUCGAGAUAGGGAAGUUGGUUAGGUGGAGGAAGAAGUUUGGCAAUGUGGUGAUGAUUUUGUUCGUUGAAAAUGGAGGUGUUGUGGAUAGAACUGCCAUGAAAUGGAGAUUGCUUUAUGGAAGGAUUUUCAAAACUGUGGUGGUUGUGGCAGAGAAUGGCAGGGCAGAUUUGGGAGUAGAGGAAGCUUCUUUGGAGUUCAUAUACAAGUACCUGCCCACGGUCUUUGAAAGAUUUCCUAAUGCAGAAGGUUUCCUGUUCCUGCAAGAUAAUACCAUUCUCAACUAUUGGAAUUUACUGCAAGCAGAUAAAGAUAAACUUUGGAUCACUUACAAGGUCCCUCAGUCUUGGUCCAGAGUCAGUGAUGACUCUGUCUGGUUUGGUAAACAAGCAGACUGGGUGAAGAAGAUUGUGAACACAAUGCCUGUUGAUUUUCAAGUCAACUAUAAGGAAAGUAACCCGACUGGGCGAGAUCUCGUGAUUUGUAACUGUGAAGUGUUUUACGUACCUCGGCAGUUUGUGGGAGACUUCAAGGAUCUUGUUGCUCUUGUUGGCAACUACAAGAUUGAUUACAGAGUAGCUGUGCCAAUGUUCUUCAUGGCAAUGGAUCUGCCCCUAAAUUUCGACGACGUGUUCGGCAGAAUGGUAUAUAAGAAGACACCAGCUGAGCAACUGAUAAGUAAUGAUACAAACUUGUAUGCUGCUGAAGUUCCUGCUGUUCAUCCAUGGAGAGUUUCCAAUGAAGUGGAAUUUGCUGAGCUUAUGAGACUCAUGGCUGCAGGUGACCCGCUACUGAAGGAGCUGGUGUAAGAGUUGGAUGUACUCAAAAUGUGAGUGUACAAAUGUAUGUGUAACUUGGAGCCAUGUCUUUUCCUCAAGUUUUUUCUUUUUUUGGCUUA